UUUCUUUUUAUUGCAAAAUGCUGAAUUAGCUCUGACGUGAUGACUUUCGCCUCAGACGGCAUGCGUUCAAGAACAGCCAGUAAAGUAGGACAUUUCAAACUCAGAUGGACGAAACACCAAUAAAUUCAACAUAAUGGCAACAAGCACGCAAACAACAUGACCAUCGAUUGACAUUUGAAUCUGUAUUUGCGUAUCCUUUAUGAGAGUUAAUAUUAAUAGCCAGUUUAAUGAAUUAUUUUCCUGCUUUUGUGGCCUUCGAGAGGCCCUGCCUAGUGGGCGACUCGGUCUUUGUUAUCAGGUUACUUCCUUGACAUCUUCAUGACUGCGGAUACUCAACCGGGUCAAAGUCACGCUCACCAUGGCCCGAAAUGUUUGGAAAUAUAUCCUCAGCAUUCUCACCUUAUUCAGCCUCAUCUUCCUGCUGCGCAACAUCACCACUGAGCAGAAGUGGAGGAACCACAUACUGGCACCGCUGUACAAGGUCCAAAACCGGAUCCAGUCAUCAAACCUCUCUGGAAGCCUCCCAACAUUUCACCGCAGUUGCAGCUUUUGUCCACAUCUGGGCCAGCCGACGUCACUUGAAGAAGAGCUGGAGGAGCGCAACCUGUUGGACUCCAUCGAUUGGCCCCAGCCGCCCUCUGGCUCCGCGCCGCCCGCCCUGACCAAGACGAGUGACCCGGCCCACAGCCUGUUUAAAAUCGUCCCCUCCCAAAACGGACAGCGUUGGUACGUGGGCGACCAGUUGGAAGUACAAGUUCACCUGCACGACUUCGAGGGCCGACCCAAGCGCUACGGCGGAGAUUUUCUGUUGGCUCGGUUGCACUCCCCAAAAUGCAAGGCGGGCGUGGCCGGGCAGUUGCUGGACCACAAGAACGGACUUUAUUCGGCUCGAUUCCCGCUUCUGUGGGAUGGCUCGGCUCAGGUCGAGGUCACCAUGGUGCACUCGAGCGAGGCCGUCGCCGUGCUGCGGCGGCUGAGGGAGAAGCGGCCCGAUCGGGUGUACUUCUUCAGCUUCUUUCGCCGAGGCAAUCAUUCUGAGAAGAUGCUGUGCAACGUGUGCCUGCCGCAAGAUGAGGGGCCGCUGUGCAACUUCACGGACCCUCACUCCGGCGAUCAAUGGUUCUGCUACAAGCCCAAAAUGCUCAGCUGCGACGCCAGAUACAGCCAUAGCAUGGGAGGCUACGCCAAAAACCUCAUCACCGAAAAGGAAGCUUUACUUUUUAAAAGAGGCAAGAACGUCAAGGUUGCCAUCCAUGCUUCCACAACAGACACCAUCAACGUGCUGCCUGCGAGGAACGGCAGCAGCAGUCAAAAACCGGAUCCCGUGAAGCUGGCGACGUCUGGGUACUACUACCAGGACUCAUGGAGGCCAUUGGGCGGCGUCACCAUGCGGCAGUUUGACACGCCGUCCGCCAUCACUCAAUGUUUAACCAACAAGUUGGUCUACAUGUACGGCGACUCCACCUUGCGUCAGUGGUUCGAAUUUCUCCUCACUGUACUUCCAGACAUGAAGAAACUCAACCUGGAGAAUCCCAAAAAGUCGGGGCCCUUUAUGGCGGUGGACAGCACCCGCAACAUUCUGCUCGAGUACCGCUUCCACGGCCCACCCAUCCGCAUCCAGCCCGUCAUGGUCAGCGAGUUGCGCUACAUCGCCAACGAGCUGGACGGCCUGACCGGCGGUCCCAACACGGUGGUGGUGCUCGGCAUCUGGGCUCACUUCAGCACCUUUCCCGUGGAGGUGUACAUGCACCGCCUCCGGCAUAUCCGCAAGGCGGUGGCGCGACUCCUGGAUCGGGCGCGGGAGACGGUGGUGGUGAUCCGAACGGCCAACCCUCAGGAACCGGGACGAGCCGGCAACGUGUACAACAGCGACUGGUUGAUGCUGCAGCAGGACGCGGUGCUGCGCAGCAUGUUCAAGGGUCUCGACGUCAUGUUGGUGGAUGCCUGGCAGAUGUGUUUGGCGCACCGCCUACCUCACAACCUGCACCCUCCUAGGGCCAUUGUCAAGGACAUGGUAGACAUGAUGUUGUCCUACGUUUGCCGAAACGGGACCAGGGACUAGGCCUGUCACGAUAACAAUUUUUUUUUAGGACGAGAUAUUUUCCCAAAAACUAUCACGGUCAACGAUGGUAUCAUUGUUGUUUUUACGCCCAUGAAAUCAUGAAAAAUAAGGCCCGCCUCGAGCUGCACGACUGUGUUGCUGCUCGGCUGAAGGCGCUGAAGACGAGCCCCUCAUCUGUCAAUCAAAUAUGUUCGGUGUGGUCAACCUCUGACUGAAUAACAUGUGCUGCUGAGGUUAUUCUUAAACAGUUAAUGAACUUUCCGGUGUGUGUGUGUUAAUUGGGGACGAACACACACGACAACUCGGAGCGAGGCGCUAUUGUUAGCGAGCUGUUUAGCUCCUUAGCUCACGGGCUAGCGAACAUAACAAACAGUUAACUUUUCCUUAAGUGUCUCCGUUGUGUGGAUUUACACGCGCCACAUGGAGCAUUACCGCUGUGGAGUAUUGGACGGAGCCAAAGCCGGUCUGCCGGCAUUCCACGAGCCCGCUAGUGGCUCAUGACACAGCUGUCCAACCCGAAGCAACGACAAUUUAUCAAGUCCACCAAAACGAUCAUGUCCAUUUAUUUAUUGAACAAUAAGUUGAUAUCGUAAUUAUCGUUACAGGCCUAGGUAGCGCGCUAACAUUUGAAUUUGACUUGAUGACAUGAUGUUCAUUUAACAUUUAGCGUGUACAUUGAAUGGCUUAUGAUCAUGUCUUUGUUGGUUUAAGAUUGUUUUAUCACAGUGGUUAAAGGGCAAUUACACUUCAUGGCUGUAGGGGGAGCCGUGGAGCUAAAAAACCUAUGCAUGUGCAUCGACUUGAGCUAGACAAGUAAAACAGUCAUUAUAUCCCCUCGCAACUGUGUUGCAACCGCUUCCAUUUGUUAUUGAACCACUCAAGCGUGUGUCCCACUUGCAGGCCAAGCUGACGAUUGACUUUGGACGUUGGCAAUGAAACUUGAGUCGUUUCUCUGAGUACAGCUCGCCGUCACAGUUCAGCGCACAUCGCUUCAUCACUUGGGGGCCUGAGAGAGAUUUUGGCUGCACGGAUCUCACGAGGCUGACAAACAUGUAAGCGCUUGAUGAACUGAAAAGCAAAGCGUGAGAGGAAGUGGAUGGAAAUGCAUCCAAUCACAUUUUUGUUGAAAUAUAGUAGUUAAGGGCCACUUGUGAGUACAUGAUUAUUUCUACAUGCAUGCGGAAUAAGACAUCAGACCAUAUAAAGAGUUAAAAAAAAAACCAAAAAACCAAAAACCAAAACAAAACAAAAACUUUGUAACUUUUAAUAGUGUCCUGCUGUUUGCUCUCUCAUUGUUUUAUAAUAAAGAGGUAAAAUAAAAUGUUUGCAUUGCUGAAA